AUGGGUAUGUUCGACGCCGAAAAGCCAAUCUCCAAGCUGGACCGCCACCGAGUGCUUGCUCCUAAAGCCGGUGUGCGCGUCUCCCCUCUCUGCUUCGGCGCCAUGUCGAUCGGCGACAAAUGGAAGGACAUGCUCUCCGGUGGUCUCGAUAAGCAAGGCACGUUCGAUCUUCUCGACGCAUUCUACAAGCUCGGCGGCAACUUUAUCGACACUGCCAACGUCUACACCGACGGUCAGAGCGAGAUGUUCCUCGGCGAGUGGAUGGAGACACGCGGCAUCCGCGACGAGAUCGUCCUCGCCACCAAAGCCACCUCGCCCUACAAGAACCGCGAGCUCGGCAGCCACAUCGGCUCCAACUUUGUCGGCAACUCGACCAAGUCGAUCUUCGUCUCGACGCGCGACUCGCUCAAGAAGCUGCGCACCGACUACAUCGAUAUCAUGUACAUCCACUGGUGGGACUGGUCCACGAGCAUCGAGGAGAUGAUGCAGGCGCUCAACCAGCUCGUCGUGUCGGGGAAGGUGCUGUACCUGGGAGCGAGCGAUAUGCCUGCUUGGGUGGUCAGCGCGGCCAACACGUAUGCUCGCGCUCACAAUCUGGCUCAGUUCGUCGUGUACCAAGGCAAGUGGAAUGCGAUGGAACGCGAUUUCGAGCGUGAGAUUAUUCCCAUGGCAAGGGAGUUUGGCAUGGCCCUCGCACCAUGGGGAAGUUUGGGGCAGGGCCGUUUUAAAACGCCUGAGCAAGUAGCCGAGCGCGAGAAGACCCAAGGCCCCCUCCGUGGUGGAGGAGGAGCACUUACCGAGAAAGAGAAGAACAUCUCGGCCGUUCUUCACAAGAUCGGACAGGAAGAACUCGGUGGUGUCAGCAUCACUGGUGUUGCGCUGGCGUACGUCUUUUCCAAAUACCCUUACGUGUUCCCCAUUGUCGGAGGUACCAAGAUCUCGCAUCUUGAGGACAACGUCAAGGCUAUCGGCACCGUACUGACCCCCGAACAGAUCAAGAAGAUCGAGGACACGGCUCCGUUCGACGUCGGCUUCCCCAACUCCAUGAUCGGUCCGGAUCCUCACCUCUCUGGAGAGACCCAAUUCGGUUUGCACGCGCACGGUGGUCACUUGGACUGGGUCAAGCAUCCCACGGCUCCUUCGUUCAAGUAG